AGGAGUAGAGAAGAGAUUUCUGAAUUCAAUUGAAGAGCUCUACAAAGCAAACUCCUGAUCCAUAUCACUCUUCUUCUAAAGCCCUUCCAGUUUCCCUGAGACUCCGAAUCGUCAAUGGCGGUGGAAAGAGGAGGAGGAGGGACGCUAUCGGAGAUAUACCAGAGCGCGAAGAAGCUCCUGCUCCGAACGCGAGACGGGCUCGAAAGGCUGGAGAGAUUGGAGUACUCGAGCGGCAUCGACUCGCCGGACCUUUCCAUGUCCAUCAGAAACGACCUCUCUCAGAUCCAGUCUCUCUGCGCCGAUAUGGACCGCCUCUGGCGCUCUGUCGCCGCCAAGUCCCAGCGCGAUCUCUGGAAACGAAAAGUGGAGCAAGUAGCGGAGGAGACUGAGUCGUUGAAGGAGAGUUUGGAUAAGUAUAGUUUGAGGAACCAGAGGAAGAUGAAUGAGGCCAGAGAGAGGGCGGAGUUGCUCGGAAGAGCUAAUGGAGAGUCUUCUCAUGUUAUUAGAGUGUUUGAUGAGGAGGCGCAAGCAAUGCAGUCGGCUCGCAAUUCUUCGCGCAUGCUUCAUGAGGCUACGUCGGUAGGGGAAGCUAUUCUUUCCAAAUAUGCAGGGCAAAGGGAACACAUAAAGAGAGCUCAACGGAAAGCACUCGAUGUCCUGAACACAUUGGGUCUGUCCAACUCUGUACUGAAGCUUAUCGAGAGACGGCACCGUGGUGAUCAGUGGAUCAAAUAUGCAGGCAUGAUUUUGACAGUCGUUGUUGUGUUUUUCUUUUGGAGGUGGACAUGGUGAUCUAUGCCUCAGAUGUUGUCAUGGUACUUGGUUCUAUCUUUGGAAAGAGGAUAUAAUUUUCUUUUGUGAUUUGGUCUCCAUUGGAACGAAGGCUAACAAUCAGUGUACAUGCCCUAAAGGAAACAUCUAUGAAAAUACAGAAUAGCUUUUUCUUUGAUUUUGUUGGCUUUCUUGAUAUGGAUGGUCUGAAUCUCCAAGUCUGUUCAUGCUCCUUGUUAUCAGAAAAGUUACAGACCCAAGCAUGUCACUCAUCCAAGUGAGCUCUUUCGGUUGCUUAAAGUUUGUCUUUCAACUACCGAGAUGCAGUGUUCUUUGUAAUUUUUGAUUUCAUCUCAAUAUUAGUAAAAUGUCCACCAGACUGGUCUUAGGCCAUCUCAAUAUUGGUGAUACUUGGUCUUUAGGUCAUCUUGCC